CGGCGGCGCUGCCGCCCAGCGACUGAACCCGCGCUGGCAGUGGACAUGGACAGAACGGUCGGUUGACGCCUCAGGUAAAAUCUGCGACUUCUCCCGACCGAACACCGAACUUGAAUUCUUUUGAGUCCGCAGCGCAACCUCGCCUUCCACCACAAAGUCAAGUACCGUGGUGCCACCUUGAAGCACCUAUCGUCAACUUGGGCUCGCACUCUUUCCACGCAAAGUCCGCCACUCGAUUCAUCCCCGAACCGCAAUCAUGGUCUCGACCGGUGUCAACGUUUUCCGGUGGUCCGCCCUGGCCUUCGGUGUCUUCUACGGCUUCUCGCACCAGCGGGCGAUAACCGCCAACCAGAAGGCCAUCCACGACAAGCACGAGUGGGAGCAGAAGCAAAAGGUGAUAGACCAGGCCAAGGCCGAGUACCAGAAGAAGAAGAACCCUGCCCCCGCCUCGAGCGACGAUGUUGUGAUGGACCCUGCCGACCCCAAAUUCGAUCUCGAGAAGCUAUUGCUCAAGGUGUCCGAGGAGAAGGCCUAAGAAGCUUUGGAACAGAGGUGGACGAGAAGCCAUGCCAUGUCGGAUUUCCCCAGAACGAGGGCCGGCUACGGCAAAGACGCGCGGAGAGGAUGGACUUGCAGCCAUCGGAUGACGGACGGCGAGCUCAAUGUAUCAUCGCAACUGACAGUGGUGGCACUGCAUAGAAUUUCCUUGGGUUCUCUUGUGCUUUUUGUACAGGUGUAAAAUACAACAAUUAGACCACAAUGGAUAUGCGCGCGUGUACAUUCAGACCACUUGGUCUGCAGAGUUACUGUGAUGUGGGAGUGGGA